AUGUCUACAGAUCCCACAGUCAACAAAGCAUCCGUACUUCGCCCUGGCGGUUCAUUUUACUAUGAAGAUAGAGAGAUCCCUUCCUUAGAAUCUGAUCGAGAUGUGAUAGUGCGAGUGGUCGCCACCGGUCUCUGUGGCUCCGAUGUCCACUACUGGCAACACGGUCGCAUCGGCCGCUAUGUUGUUGAGAGCCCCAUAAUUCUCGGCCACGAGUCCUCCGGCAUAGUGGUCUCCCGCGGCGCCAAAGCAUCCGGCAUUGAAGUUGGCGACCGCGUCGCGAUCGAGCCCGGAAUCGCUUGCAACACUUGCAGCCCAUGUCGCAGUGGUCGGUAUAACCUGUGUAAGGACAUGCGUUUUGCCGCAACCCCUCCCUAUGACGGAACGCUGUCUACAUACUACCGCGUACCGGUUGAAUGCUGCUACAAGUUGCCGGCACACAUCUCGCUGCGCGACGGCGCGCUGGUCGAACCGCUCGGGGUCGCGGUGCACGGAUGUCGACUAGCAGGCGAUCUACAGGAUAAGUCGGUCAUUGUGUUCGGCGCCGGGCCGGUUGGACUGCUUUGUUGCGCCGUUGCGAGCGCGUUCGGUGCGUCGACGGUCGUUGCCGUGGACAUCGUGGCUGCUCGACUCCAGUCGGCACGGCAGUACGGCGCCACACACACCUACCAGAUGAGCGCGGAGAAGUCCCCCGAGUUAAACGCCGAUGCCCUAGCAGCCACAGCUGGGCUAAGCGAUGGUGCCAAUGUUGUCCUUGAUGCUUCGGGGGCUGAGCCCUGUAUCAACUGUGGUAUUCAUGCGCUGGCGCAUGGUGGAACCUUUGUGCAAGUCGGACUUGGUAGACCGAAUCUGUCCUUACCCGUUGGGCAAAUCUGUGACAAGGAGGCUGCGUUCAAGGGGAGUUUCCGGUACGGUCCCGGCGAUUUCAAACUGGCCGUUGGCUUGCUGAACUCGCGGCGGGUCCGGGUCGAUGGGCUGGUCACCCAUGAAUUCUCUUUCUCGCAGGUCGAGGAAGCGUUCCAGCAUGUUGCUGGCAAGGGGGGUAUCAAGAGUGUGAUUUACGGGCCGGACGUCGACCCCGAGGUUGCCAAACAGGCCUCAGUAUAG